AUGGCUGCCAGAAUCCCGGCCGACGAUACCCAGGCCCUCAACGCCAAGGAAGCAGCCAAAGCCACCAACGGGGGCGCCGGCAAUCGCGCGCCGAAGAAGGGCGAUGCUGCCGCCGAAUGCUCUGGCGAAUCCGACGACGACGCCGACGACCAUGUAACCAACGCCCCCGGCGCUGCGGGUGACGGCGAGGCCAGCAAGAAGAAGAAGAGAAAGAAUAGGCCUCGCAAGAAGAAGAACAAGGCCCCGACCGCCCAGACCGAUCCGCCGUCCGUCCUCAUGUCCCAGCUCUUCCCCAAUAAGAGCUACCCCAAGGGCGAAGAGGUUGAGUACAAGGACGACAACCUAUACCGCACCACGAACGAAGAGAAACGCUAUCUCGACAACCUCAACAGCGACUACCUCGCCGACUUCCGCCAGGCAGCUGAAACGCAUCGCCAGGUCCGUCAGUGGGCGCAGAAGAAUAUAAAGCCGGGGCAGACGCUCACCGAAAUCGCCAACGGCGUCGAGGACAGUGUCCGCCGCCUCGUCGGCCACGAUGGGCUGACCGAGGGCGACGCCCAUGUCGCGGGCAUGGGUUUCCCGCUCGGUUUGAAUCUCGAUGAAAUAGCGGCGCACUUUAGCCCGAACGCGGGCGACAAGACUGUUCUGCAGCAGAGCAAUGUCAUGAAGGUGGACAUCGGCGUCCAUGUUAAUGGGCGCAUUGUCGACAGCGCCUUCACCAUGUCGUUUGACCCCAAAUACGACAACCUCCUCAACGCCGUCAAGGAUGCCUCGAAUACAGGCAUCCGCGAGGCAGGGAUCGAUGUCCGCCUUGGAGAACUCGGCGGCUACAUCCAAGAAGCCAUGGAAAGCUACGAGCUGGAGCUUGACGGCAAGGUUUAUCCCAUCAAGCCGAUCCGUAACAUCACCGGCCACAAUAUCCUGCACUAUAGCAUCCAUGGCUCCAAGGCAGUGCCUUCAAUCUUGACUGAUGAUGACACCAAGAUGGAGGAAGGCGACGUGUUUGCCAUCGAGCCGUUUGGCAGCACUGGCAACGGCCGCGUCUACGAUCAGGGCGAAGUCUCCCACUACGCCCUUUCUGGUGACGCGCCCACCAACGUGCAGCUGCGCCUGUCUUCGGCCAAGUCUGUCUUGAACGCUAUCAAGAAGAAUUUUGGCACCCUUCCCUUUUGCCGACGUUAUUUGGACAGGAUCGGGCAGGAGAAAUACCUCCUCGGUCUCAACCACCUCGUCAAGUCUGGGAUUGUCGAAGACUAUCCACCUUUGGUGGACAAGAAAGGCUCCUACACGGCCCAAUUUGAGCACACUGUUUUGCUCAGACCUACCGUAAAGGAGGUCGUGAGUCGUGGAGAUGACUACUGA